AUGACCUCACAUCACGUGAAGGAAGAGACGAUGACCUCACAUCACGUGAAGGAAGAGACGAUGACCUCACAUCACGUGAAGGAAGAGACGAUGACCUCACAUCACGUGAAGGAAGAGACGAUGACCUCACAUCACGUGAAGGAAGAGACGAUGAUCUUACAUCACAUGAAGGAAGAGACGAUGAUUUUACGUCACAUGAAGGAAGAGACGAUGAUUUUACGUCACAUGAAGGAAGAGACGAUGAUUUUACGUCACAUGAAGGAAGAGACGAUGAUUUUACGUCAAAUGAAGGAAGAGACGAUGAUUUUACAUCACAUGAAGAAAGAGACGAUGAUCUCACAUCACGUGAAGGAAGAGACGAUGAUCUCACAUCACGUGAAGAAAGAGACGAUGAUCUUACAUCACAUGAAGGAAGAGACGAUGAUUUUACGUCACAUGAAGGAAGAGACGAUGAUUUUACAUCACGUGAAGGAAGAGACGAUGAUCUUACAUCACAUGAAGGAAGAGACGAUGAUUUUACGUCACAUGAAGGAAGAGACGAUGAUUUUACGUCACAUGAAGGAAGAGACGAUGAUUUUACGUCACAUGAAGGAAGAGACGAUGAUUUUACGUCACAUGAAGGAGGUGAUCAUUGUUAUACAUCUUUCUUGCCAUAAUGUAAUUUUGUGA